AUGAGCGCGCAUCAACAACACCGAAAAGUCAAUAAUAAACACCAUCGAAAAAAUUAUNAACAACAUUUAAGAAAUUUUGAUCGUUCACAGUGGUACCGAUGUGAUCUUGACCGAGUGACCGCAGACCUUCGAGAUCUCUACAUCGCUUUUGAUUGUGACAAGGACACCAAUGCCUUCUUAGAAACGUGUUACGAGAAAUCCGAUUGGUUCUUUGUCCAAGUGUUCCAUUCACUAGCUAAAGCAUUUCUCUGUUGGUUUAUGACACAAACUUCUAUCAAUGGGUUUUUAGGGAGAGGUUCAACUUUUGUUUUUUCUCAGUCACAAUUUCUACAGUUACUUGGUGUGGCAUCUGACUGGCAUUCAGAAGCUUUAUUGGACUUAGGUGCUGGAGAUGGAAGUGUAACUCAAGUGAUGGCCUCCCUUUUCGAUACUGUUCAUGUUACAGAAAUCUCCUCUGUGAUGCAGAGGAUCCUGACAAAGAAAGGUUAUCGUAUUUUAGAUGUUAACAAAUGGGCAGAAGAGUCAAAAAAAUAUGAUGUGGUUAGCUGUUUGAAUCUCUUAGAUCGCUGUGAUAAACCUAUUACAUUGCUAAAUCAGAUUAAAUCAAAAUUAAAACCUACAACAGGAAGAUUAAUAAUUGCUCUUGUUUUGCCUUUGAGUCAAUAUGUAGAAGUAGGUAAUCCUAGUCAUCAACCUGUAGAGACACUUCCAAUUGAAGGGAAAACCAUAGAAGAUCAAAUUAACUGUUGUUAUCAAAUGAUAUUUCAACCAGCUGGUUACGAAAUAAUUCGAUGGACGGUCUUGCCAUAUUUAUCCGAAGGAGACAUUGAGCAAUCUUUUUAUUGGCUCACUGACAUUGUAUUUACUUUAAAAGUGAAAUCUCUACAGGAAGAACCUGCCAAAAAACACAAUUUACAUACUGAAUUAUAAAAUGUAAUAUGCAAAUUUCACUACAUUCCAUUUUAAUACAUUAUCCAAUAAAUUAAUAUAUGUAUUAUGUAAAAAAUUUUAUAUCACAUGUAAAUAUAUAUAAAUUAUUGAUCAUACAGAAAUUAUGAAUGAAAUUAUCACGAACACAUUUUUUGAGAAUUUACAUAAUAUCUAUUAAGAAAGUGCAAUUGUGAUAUGAUGUAAUAUAAAUGAUACAUAUGUUACAAAAACAUAUUAUAUAUUAGGUACUGUACAUUAAAUA